AUGGCCGAGAACGUCGCCACCAGGCGCUUCAUGAGGGAAGCGGGUUAUAGACUUAGCCUUGCUAAUCAACGACAGUGCCGUCUUUUAUGGAAACGACUGUUCGAGAUGCGGAACGCGGGUGUUGACAAAAUUCUCUUAUAUCGCACAAAAAAAUUCAAACGCUUCUGCAAAAGCUACUCAUCAGAAUAUGGGGCUUCUUUGGUAGAGAUGGCCCUGAAAUGGGAAGAAAUAUAUGUCUUCCAUAUCAAACAGUUGGAAGAGCGUGUGGCCGAGGAGAGCAAGGGCGAUUUCACAGGAAGACUUUGGCUGAGCCAGCCGCUUGUAGCGGACGGACCUAGUGUUCCUGAAAAUGCGUGGAACAGCGCUAUCAACCCAUGGUCCUCCAGCGUAGAGGUUACCAUCUUCCAAUUGAGCGGAUCACACGAGCCAUCAGCUGUUGCGCUUGGUGAGUUCUUUGAAUUGCAACUAAAGGCAGAAACAAUGCAGGACAAGUUUAUUUUCGCUACUCUUCAACCCAAAGGUGAUGUCUUUCUCGCGGAUUGCCCCCUCAUUUCCGUCCAGAAAGGAGAUACCCUUGGGAUAGUUGGUGGAGUGAUUCGGUACUCUUCGGAAUGCGGCGUUGUCUACGGUAUACCUGGUCCCGAAGAAAAUCUUUGGCUGGACUACUCCACGGUGACUGGGGCACUAAGCCUCAUGAACUUAUCAGGUCUUGGAGGUGACUUCAACAUUUGUCUUCAGUGGGAGCUCAUCGGUGGAAGGAGUGAAGGGCAUCUCAUGUGGAAGGUCUCGGUUGUUGUUCUUCGGGCAAUUUAG